GUUCCUUCUGAGUCGGCUGGGUGUCGGCUGGUCUGUGUCUGUGUGUGUGUCGGAGCUCUCUUAGCUCAACUGUGCGUCGACCAUGAAAGACGUUUCAGCUUCAGACCACGCUGUUGACUGCGACUCGGCCCUGCCUCGCGAUCACGGGGUUGUGGGGGGAGACGAUGUGAAGGGGGAAGCGAGCGGGAUCCCCAGACCCACGUGGACCCGGAAGAUCGAGUUCACGUUGGCCGCGAUCGGCUACUCGGUGGGACUCGGCAACGUCUGGCGGUUUCCCUUCCUGUGCUACCGGAGCGGAGGGGGGGCCUUCCUCAUCCCGUUCCUCAUCAUGCUCGUGCUGGUGGGAAUCCCGCUCCUCUACAUGGAAAUCGCCAUCGGACAGUAUCUCAGAGUCGGACCGAUCAAAGCCUUGGCCAAAGUGUGUCCGUUGUUUAAAGGUGUGGGUAUGGCCAGUGUCGCCAUCUCCUUCAUCAUGAGCAUUUAUUACAACCUAAUCAUCACUUGGGCGCUCUAUUACCUCAUCAAUUCCUUCCAGAACCCUCUGCCCUGGCAGAGCUGCAACAACACCUGGAACAUCCCGGAAAACUGCACGGACAGCAUCACCACCAGCAACACCACCGUCUCCGCCAGCCAGCAGUUCUUCGAUUACAACGUCCUCCAGAAGACGGAGGGUCUGGAGAGCCUGGGCGGUGUGCGCUGGGAGCUGUUUGGGCUCCUGAUCCUGGCCUGGGUCAUCAUAUACUUUUGUAUAUUUAAAGGUGUCUCGUGGACGGGGAAGAUCGUGUACUUCACGUCCCUGUUCCCUUACGUGGUCCUCUUGGCCAUCCUCAUUAACAACGUCCAGCUGCCGGGAGCCAUCGAUGGCAUCAAGUACUUUGUGACCCCCAAGUGGGAGAAGCUAACGGAACUGCAGGUGUGGGUCAACGCUGCUGUCCAGGUUUUCAACUCCAUUGGCAUCGGCUUCGGGACGCUCAUCUCCAUGUCCAGUUACAACCAGUUCGACAACACCAUUCUCAAAGACACGUUGGCUGUCUCUCUGACCAACGCUGGCACCAGCCUGUUUUCUGGCUUUGUCAUCUUCUCAGCCUUCGGCUACAUGUCCCACAUGAUCAACGUGCCCAUCGACCACAUCGCCGUGGACGGCCCGGGCCUGGUGUUUGUGGUGUACCCAGAGGCCUUCGUUACCAUGCCUUUCCCCCCACUCUGGGCAGUGCUGUUCUUCUUCAUGCUCUUGUUCCUGGGGCUGGACAGUCAGUUUGCCAUGGUGGAGGUGCUGGUGACCAGCCUGACGGACAGUUACCGGACUCAGCUGUUGAGGGUGGUGAAGAGGAUGGAGUUUGUGGUGCUGGGUGUCUGUGUCCUCGCGUUCCUCCUGGGAAUCCCCAACGUCACACAGGGGGGAGUUUACGUUUUUCAACUGUUGGAUCAUUACACGGCAAAAAUCUCCAUCGUCUUCCUGACUUUCUUUGAGGUCAUCUCCGUUUCCUAUAUCUACGGUGUUCCCCGACUUUGCCGCAACAUCGAGACGAUGCUCGGGAAGCGACCUGGCAUAUUCUUCCGUGCCUGCUGGCUGGCGAUCUCACCCGCACUGGUAACAAUUAUUAUGGUGUUCGUGGUGAUACAGUUCGAGCCUGCACGCUACGGCAGCUACGUGUAUCCUGACUGGGGUCAGGGUCUCGGCUGGAUCAUCGCUCUGGCUUCCCUGAUCUGGAUUCCGAUCGGAGCCGUUCACACGUUAUUCCAACUGAAGGGUCCCUUUCUCCAGAGGUUAGGCAGAUCGCUCACUCCCUUUGGCCUCGAAGGCGAUUCAAAACAGAGCGAGAUGGUCACGGAUUCUCCGCCACCCUAUCCCGGAAUUCCGAUGAUUCCCGCGCCCCUCCCCGUGGAUAACAAAAAGCUGCCAAACACACACCUCUAACUCCGUCACCGACCCCAGGAGAGACUCUGACACUGGCCGGGGAGAGAGACAACAAUUUGCAUUUAUAUGGUGCCCUUCGCGCGGGGCAGCAUCUCG